AUGGGCCUACUGAAUACUGCCUAUCUUGUCAUGAGCAAUCUUAGUGAUGCUUCCCUCACCUACACUGCAGUGGUCCCAGAGAAAGAGGCCACCUUAAUCUGUAAUUGCAUUGUGAUCUGGGAACAAGAACAUGCAGAAGUUCAUUCAGCUCUGCAAGGAGAAUUACAGAAAAGACAGAAAAGGCCAAGGGGACCAGGUCAGAGUGAGGAGUCAUCCACAGGGAUGUUUGUAAGGAUUGAUAUGAUGACAGACAAGUGGAUGGUUGUUGCCUCUGUAGAGGUCCUUCUACGAUUUCCUCUGAUGCCAGAAGAGAAUCAGGGAGCCCACUGUGUCUUGAACAAAACAUAUCAGCUCUCAAUGGACCAGCCUCACCCAGCUUCAUGUAGAUAUGGAGACCAAGAGGAGAGGAAAUUCAUCAAUCAGUGCCUGAGAAAGACUGACCAGAGGACCAAGGACUUGGAGACAGUAGAUCAUUACACACAGGAACAAUCCCACAGAACCUCUAAAGUCCAAAAACUGAAGAAGGAACAGAGAAGACCUGUGAGGCAGAGAGCUCCCCCAUCAGAGAAGAUAGAUACCAGGGUGAAGUGCAAGAACUGUGGAGCCUUUGGGCACAAAAUGAGCAGCAAGAGAUGUCCCAUGAAGUCCUGGGAUGGGGCCUUUGCCCCACAACCAUUGGGCUCAAAUAAGAAAAAGGAGAACCUGGAACAAAGGAAGCUCCAGGAACCACAUACUCAAGAGUCCUUUAGCAAGACUGACAGACAAAAGGAACAAAGACAAAGGUGA